GGAAGGAGCCUCUGGAUGAGAGCAAGAGAAUGCAUGAUCUCUCUCAUUCACUCAGCUGAGACUGCACGAGCGGCACCGGAGUUCGCGAGCACAAGCCACAAGUGCUGUUUUUGGAUCUAUUUUUUAUACUUACGUGAUUCAUUUCCUUUUCUUGAACAGACCAAUGUUGGAUAUAUGUUAAGCCUGCGUGGAAUCCCACAACUAUCCAUAAGAAGGAAUGCAUCUUUUCCUCGUGAAACUAAUUCUUCUGAAAUCACUCUUUACUUUGACGCAAGGCCUGGAAUGCUCAGAAAAAUGCCAAAAUGGUGGUACAUGUGAACCUACUGCAGACAGGAGGGGGGAAUGCAAGUGUCCUGAGCCGUUUGCCGGCACAGCGUGCCAGUUCCGCAACCCUUGCUUCCAGUCCCCGUGCAGAAAUGGCGGCGUGUGCCGUUUGAUUACUUUUGUCAAUAAGGUGGACUUUGUGUGCAACUGCAGCCUGGGCUACACGGACCGACUGUGUCUCACUCCCACCAAUAAUGUGUGCCUUAGCUCCCCAUGUCGAAAUGGAGGCAUGUGUGAACUCACCAGCAUCCACAGUUACAAGUGUAAAUGCCCACCAGGCUGGUCAGGUAAAAACUGCCAUCAAGCUGAUCCUUGCGCCUCAAAUCCAUGUGCCAAUGGCGGUAAAUGUAGUCCCUUUGAUUCAGACUACAUCUGCCACUGCACGCCCUUCUUCUCAGGUCAAACCUGCAAACAAGACGUCAAUGAGUGUGCCCAGAGUCCCUCUCCUUGCAAGAAUGGUGGCGUGUGUGAGAAUGAGGUGGGCACGUAUCGCUGCAACUGCCCUGCAGAGUACACUGGGAGACAAUGCGAGACCCUCUAUCAGCCCUGUAACCCUUCACCAUGCUACCACGGAGGAACCUGCGUACAGAAGGGAGAGACGAACUAUGAGUGCUCCUGUUUGCCAGGCUUCAGUGGUCAGAACUGCGAAGAGAACAUUGAUGACUGUCCAGACCAUCGUUGCCUUAAUGGAGGAACCUGUGUGGAUGGAGUGAACACCUAUAAUUGCCAAUGCAAGCCAGAGUGGACAGGUCAGUUCUGUACCGAAGACGUCAAUGAGUGUGAUUUGAUGCCCAAUUCCUGCCAGAAUGGUGGUACAUGCUUGAACACACAGGGUGGAUACAACUGUGUGUGUGUAAACGGCUGGACAGGGGACGACUGCAGCGAAAACAUCGAUGACUGUGCAGAUGCAGCCUGCCACACAGGAGCCACAUGCCAUGAUCGGGUGGCCUCCUUCCUCUGUGAAUGCCCUCAUGGGCGCACAGGUCUGCUGUGUCACCUGAAUGAUGCUUGCAUUAGUAACCCAUGCCAGAAAGGCUCCAACUGUGACACCAAUCCAGUCAACGGCAAGGCCAUCUGUACCUGUCCUCUGGGUUACGUUGGCCCAUCCUGUGACCAAGACGUUGAUGAAUGUUCGCUGGGUGCAAACCCUUGCGAACAUGCUGGAAAGUGUAUAAACACAAAAGGUUCCUUUCAGUGUAAAUGUCUGCGGGGAUAUUUGGGAGCUCGAUGUGAACUCGACAUAAACGAAUGCAUGUCCAACCCAUGCCAUAAUGACGCUACCUGUUUGGAUCAAAUCGGAGGCUUCCAUUGCAUCUGUAUGCCAGGGUACGAGGGAGUCUUCUGUCAGAUAAAUACUGAUGAGUGCGCCAGCAUGCCCUGCCUCAACAAUGGGAAGUGCAUCGACAAGAUCAACAACUACCAGUGCGAGUGCCCCACAGGAUUCUCGGGGAGUCAGUGCCAGUUCGACAUCGAUGAGUGCGCUAGCACCCCCUGUAAAAAUGGGGCCAAGUGUAUCGAUGGGCCCAACAUGUACACCUGCCAGUGCGCUGAAGGAUACACAGGGCAGCAUUGUGAAACAGAUGUAGAUGAGUGUCUAUCCAACCCGUGUCACUAUGGCACUUGUAAAGACGGCCUGGCGUCCUUCACCUGCAUGUGCCGUGCUGGUUUUACAGGCCGUCUGUGUGAGAUCAACAUUAAUGAGUGUCUCAGUCAGCCGUGCCAAAAUGGAGGCACCUGCCAGGACCGUGAGAAUGCCUACUUAUGCAUCUGCCCUAAAGGAACCGCAGGUGCUAACUGUGAGGUUAACCUAGACGACUGUCAAAGCAAUCCCUGUGAUUUUGGAAGAUGCAUUGACAAGAUAAAUGGUUACGAGUGUGUCUGUGAACCGGGAUACACAGGGAAAAUGUGUAACAUCAACAUUGAUGAAUGUGCCAUCAACCCCUGUCACAAUGGUGGAACCUGCGUUGAUGGAGUCAGUGGCUUUACAUGUCUGUGCAGAGAGGGGUAUCAUGACCCGACCUGCCAAUCACAGCUCAACGAAUGCCUUAGCAACCCCUGUAUUCAUGGACACUGUGAAGACAAAGUCAAUGGAUAUAACUGUAUUUGUGACUCUGGCUGGAGUGGUGUCAACUGUGACAUCAAUAACAAUGAGUGUGAGUCCAACCCCUGUAUGAAUGGAGGCACCUGUAAGGACAUGACCAGCGGCUACGUCUGCACAUGCCGCGCUGGCUUCAGCGGUCCCAACUGCCAAACAAAUAUCAAUGAAUGCGCCUCCAACCCUUGCUUGAAUCAAGGAACCUGUAUCGAUGACGUGGCUGGAUACAAAUGCAACUGUUUGCUGCCUUACACUGGUGAGAACUGUGAAACCCUGUUGGCCCCAUGUAGCCCUAAACCCUGUAAGAAUGGAGGCGUGUGUAAGGAGUCCGAAGACUAUGAGAGCUUCUCUUGUGUGUGUCCUGAAGGAUGGCAAGGCCAAACGUGUGAGGUGGAUAUCAACGAAUGUGUCAAAAACCCUUGUCGAAAUGACGGCAUCUGUCAAAACUCUAUUGGCAGCUACAAAUGCAGUUGUAAAUCGGGCUACACAGGCCGCAACUGUGAGACAGACACUGACGACUGCAAACCCAACCCUUGCAGUAAUGGUGGCUUCUGCAAAGACGCUGUGAACGCCUUCAGUUGCACCUGCCUACCAGGUUUCCGGGGGAGCAGAUGUUUGGAGGACAUUAAUGAAUGUGACAGUAACCCAUGUAAAAACGGCGCGAACUGCACGGAUUGUGUGAACAGUUACACUUGUACCUGUCCACCUGGAUUCAGUGGGAUUCACUGUGAGAACAACACACCUGAUUGUACUGAGAGCUCUUGUUUUAAUGGCGGCACAUGUGUGGAUGGCAUCAACAGUUUCACUUGCCUGUGCCCAACGGGGUUCACUGGAAACUACUGCCAGCAUGACAUCAACGAGUGCGACUCCAGACCCUGCAUGAAUGGAGGCACCUGUCAGGACAGCUACGGCACAUACAAGUGCACCUGCCCUCAGGGAUACCAUGGCCUUAACUGCCAGGAGCUGGUGAACUGGUGUAAGCCGUCUCCCUGUAAGAAUGAAGGUAUCUGCAGACAGAGCGGCACUAGGUACAGCUGCCAGUGUCAGACAGGCUGGACUGGUUUAUACUGCGAUGUCCCCAGCGUUUCUUGUGAGGUGGCCGCCAAACAGCAAGGUGUAGAGGUGGCCCGGCUGUGUCGUAACUCUGGCCAGUGUCUGGAUGCUGGAAACACACACUAUUGUCACUGUCAGGCUGGAUACACGGGCAGCUACUGUGAGGAGCAGGUGGAUGAAUGCAUUCCCAAUCCUUGCCAGAACGGAGCAACCUGCACCGACUACCUGGGCGGCUAUUCUUGUGAAUGCGUGCCAGGUUAUCAUGGAGUGAACUGCUCUGAUGAGAUCAAUGAGUGUCUGUCUCAGCCCUGCCAGAACGGAGGCACAUGCAUCGACCUGAUCAAUACCUACAAAUGCUCCUGUCCUCGGGGAACACAAGGUCAGCUAUCACUUCCUCCUCUGCAUCAUGGAAGCGGUUUUACAGGCUCAACCUGCGAGUAUGACGCUCAUGCCUGUGGGAGUCUCCACUGUAAAAAUGGCGGUACAUGCGUUUCUGGACACAAGAGCCCCAAAUGCCUGUGCACCCCUGCCUUCACUGGUCCUGAGUGCCAGUAUCCCACUGAGGGUCAUUGCACUACCAAUCCAUGCUACAACGGAGGCACGUGCGAGUAUAUCUCAGAGGCCCCAUACUACCACUGUAUCUGUCCUACCGGCUUCAAUGGCCUCUUCUGCCACAUCCUGGACUUCAGCUUCCCAGGUGGCCCUGCUCGAGAUAUCACACAUACUCCAGAAGUGACAGUGAGAUGUGAGAUAACAGAGUGUGAGAAUAAGAAAGGCAAUAAGAUCUGUGACAGCGCAUGUAAUAAUUACGCCUGCGACUGGGAUGGAGGGGACUGCUCGCUGAACUUCAAUGACCCGUGGCAGAACUGUUCGGGCACGCUGCAGUGCUGGCUCUAUUUUAAUAACGGGAAGUGUGAUGAACAGUGUCACAACGCUGGAUGCCUCUAUGACGGAUUUGACUGCCAGAGACUGGAGGGCCAGUGCAAUCCACUCUAUGACCAGUAUUGCAAAGACCACUAUUCAGAUGGCCACUGUGACCAGGGCUGCAAUAACGCAGAGUGUGAAUGGGACGGGCUGGACUGUUCCAGCAACAUACCCGAGAAGUUAGCUGCUGGACUCCUAGUUGUGGUGGUCCACAUUUUACCCGACCAGCUCCGAAACAACUCCUUUGGAUUUCUACGGGAGCUCAGCCGGGUCCUCCACACCAACGUUGUUUUCCGGCACGACCGCAAGGGAGAGGAAAUGAUCUACCCUUAUUACGGCAACGAGCAGGAGCUGAGAAAGCACAACAUCAAACGAUCACUAGAUGGCUGGAACGAUGCUUCCAGCAACGUCUUGAGCUCCGUAAAAAGCAGCAUUUACAAUAUAGUGGUGGAAGGAGGGAGAAAACGCAGAGAACUGGAUGAGAUGCAGAUCAAAGGCUCGGUGGUAUAUCUGGAGAUUGACAACCGCCAAUGCUACCAACAAACCAACGAGUGCUUCCAGAGCGCCAACGACGUGGCGGCUUUCCUCGGUGCCCUGGCUUCCAGCGGCAAUCUAAAUAUGCCUUAUGUAAUCGAGGCCGUCACAACAGGUAAGAUUGAUGGACCGUCAUCUAUAGAGCUCUAUCCAGUCUACGUGGUUCUGGCAGGACUGGCGCUGCUGGCCUUUGUCGCCGUGGGAAUGGUCGCGUCCCGUAAACGCCGCCGGGAACACGGUCAACUCUGGUUUCCGGAGGGUUUCAAGACCAGCGAGCCCAGCAAGAAGAAGAGGAGGGAGCCGGUCGGCGAAGACUCCGUCGGUCUGAGGCCACUUAAGAACUGUUCAGACAUUUCAUUAAUGGAUGACACCCAGAAUGAAUGGGGAGAAGAGGAACCAUCAGACACCAAACGCUUCAGGUCUGAGGAGCAGGUGAUGCUUGAUUUAGACCAUCAGCCAGAUCACCGGCAGUGGACGCAGCAGCACUUGGAUGCAGCAGAUCUACGCAUCCCAUCCAUCGCUCCCACACCCCCUCAGGGCGAGAUAGAGAAUGACUGCAUGAAUGUCAAUGCCCGAGGACCAGAUGGCUUUACUCCUCUCAUGAUCGCAUCUUGUAGUGGAGGAGGGCUAGAAACAGGAAACAGCGAGGAAGAGGAGGAUGCUUCAGCCAACGUCAUCAAUGAUUUCAUCUACCAAGGUGCCAACCUUCACAACCAGACAGACCGUACGGGUGAGACAGCCCUGCACCUGGCUGCCCGUUAUGCCCGCUCAGAUGCUGCAAAAAGGCUCCUGGAGGCCAGUGCAGAUGCCAACAUCCAGGACAAUAUGGGACGGACUCCACUACAUGCUGCUGUGGCUGCAGAUGCACAAGGGGUCUUCCAGAUUUUGAUACGGAACCGUGCCACAGACCUGGAUGCCCGCAUGCAUGAUGGCACUACACCUCUGAUACUGGCAGCAAGACUUGCGGUCGAGGGCAUUGUGGAGGAACUCAUCAACUGCCAUGCUGAUGUCAAUGCCAUUGAUGAUUCUGGUAAAUCUGCACUUCACUGGGCAGCCGCUGUGAACAACGUAGAUGCAGCGAUGGUAUUGCUUAAGAACGGGGCAAAUAAAGAUAUGCAAAACAAUAAGGAGGAGACUCCUCUAUUCUUGGCGGCAAGAGAAGGAAGUUACGAGACUGCUAAAGUUCUUCUCGAGCAUUUCGCUAAUCGAGAGAUCACGGACCACAUGGAUCGGCUCCCACGGGAUAUCGCUCAGGACAGAAUGCAUCACGACAUUGUGCGGCUCAUCGACGAAUACAACCUGGUCCGCAGCCCUCCCAUGCACAGCGCUCCUUUCUGCACCACCCUCUCCCCACCUCUCUGCUCCCCCAACGGCUUCAUGGGUAGCAUGAAGCCCUCCGUACAAAGUAAAAAACCCCGCAAGCCAAGCGCAAAAGGCAUAGGUUGCAAGGAUGGCAAAGAUAUGAAAGUCAAGAAGAAGAAGGCACAAGAUGGAAAGGGAAACUUACUAGACAGCUCAGCUGUGCUCUCGCCGGUCGAUUCCUUGGAGUCGCCCCAUGGGUACAUAUCUGACGUCGCCUCCCCACCCCUGAUGACAUCACCCUUUCAGCAAUCACCCUCCAUGUCGCUUAAUCACUUACAUGGUAUCUCAGACACCCACAUGGGCGUCAGCCAUCUGGGAAUGGGAAACAAGCAAGACCUGGCCCAUAUUCAGUUUGAUCCGUUACCCCCAUGUCUCACCCAUCUUCCAGUGGCCGGAUCUAACGGCUCAAACAUCAUGAACGGCCAAUGCGAAUGGCUCGGGCGGAUGCACAAUAGCAUGGGUCCGCAAAAUCAAUUCGGAGGCAUGAGGAACGCCUCAGGUCAGGCCAGCCUUCACCAAACCGGCCUGAUGGCGUCUCUUCACAAUGGCCGUCCCGUCACGCUGUCUCAGAUGAUGAACUAUCAAAGCCUGCAGAACACACACCUCACCACGCAGCCGCAUCUAAUGCAGCAGAUGCAGCAGAACAUGCAACAGAGACCGCAGCAGACAAACAUCCAGCUGCAGCACCAGAGCUCCAAUCCACCCAGCCAGAACUUACUCAGCGGUGAGUUGGGUGGACCGGAGCUCCAGCAGAGCAUGCCCAUCCACACCAUCAUCUCCCAGGAGACCCAGCUGUUGAACCCAUCUUCUCUGGGUCCCAGUAUGGCGGGAACGCAGUUCCUGACGCCACCUUCCCAGCACAGUUACUUAGCCCCAAUGGACGCCAACACCCCCAGCCACCAACUCCAAGUGCCUGACCACCCUUUCCUCACGCCGUCUCCGGGUUCACCGGACCAGUGGUCCAGCUCGUCGCCCCAUUCCAACAUGUCUGACUGGUCGGAGGGCAUUUCCAGUCCUCCCACUAGCAUGCAGUCGCAAAUUGGACACAUACCGGAGCAGUUCAAAUAAAAAACAAAAAAAUUGAAGGCACCAUAAGCCUGCUCACUGAAGGUCUUUUAUAUGCCUCUUGUACUAACCAUUUUUUUUUAUUUAUUGAUAUUUUGUUAUUUAUAGCUACUUCUUUCACAAUUUAUUUUCAAAUUUGGGCACAAGAAAUGAUCUUAAAAAUAAUGAAGAAGAAGGAGGUAAUUU